CCGAGAGGGCCGCCUCGCGGGCUUGUGCCGGCUCGGCCGGCGCCGGUGCCGAGCUCCGCGGCAGCGGAGGCAGGGAGAAACCUGCCAUCAAGGAAGGCAGCACAAGACCAGGACUUGUCGAUGGACCAUUCUCAGGAUAACCCAACAGCACCAGCAGGGGUUCCCUUCUAACUAAGCCCAAGAGGUGAAGAGGUCCCGAGCACAGUUUUCUUCAGGAAGAGCCAUGGUGUUGAGGAGGGGCAGAGGCAGCUGCCAGUGGUGGUGUGGGCCCCUAGUCAUGUUCACAGCUGCCUUGCUGCUCAUCAGCCAGCCAUGGGGGGCCAAAUCCAUGGCCAUGGCCAGCCUUGGCACCGCCCUAGGCCCCACUGGAUCACUGGUGAAGGGCCACUACUUGAGCAUUGGGGAUGGUUCUGUGAUGGAGUUUGACUUUCCUGAGAAGAGUGAGGGUAUUAUUGUGAUCUCAAGCCAGUACCCAGCACAGGCCAAUAGGACAGGGCUCAAACCCACACUGAGAGUAACAUCUCUCGACCCAGAAGUGCUGUCCAUCAAGAACGUAAGUGCCAUAACAUGGGGCAGAGGAGGUGGCUUCGUGGUGAGUAUCCACUCAGGCCUAGCUGGGCUAGCCCCACUCCACAUCCAGCUUCUGGACUUCCACAAGGCCGCACCUAUGCUGGUGGAGGAGCGGAGAGAUUUCUGCAUCAGAGUCUCACCCGCUGAAGACACCCAUGCCACCCUCAGCACCAACUUGGCCCACUUCUCAGAGAAUCCAAUACUCUACCUGCUUCUGCCUCUUAUCUUUGUCAACAAGUGUUCAUUUGGAUGCAAAGUGGAACUUGAGGUUCUGAAGGGUCUCCUGCAUAGCCCGCAGCCCAUGCUUCUGGGCCUUUUGGGCCAAUUUCUGGUCAUGCCUUUUUAUGCUUUCCUGAUGGCCAAAGUCUUCAUGCUGCCCAAGGCCUUGGCUCUCGGCCUCAUCAUUACCUGCUCGUCGCCUGGUGGUGGAGGAAGCUACCUCUUCAGCCUGCUUCUUGGAGGAGAUGUGACGCUGGCCAUCUCUAUGACUUUCAUCUCAACAGUAGCGGCCACUGGCUUCCUGCCAUUAUCCUCCAUCAUCUACAGCCACCUGCUCAGCGUCCACGAAACACUGCACGUGCCCAUCUCCAAGAUCCUGGGAACCCUGCUGUUCAUCUCCAUCCCCAUAGCAGCAGGUGUGGUCAUCAAGUUCAAGCUCCCCAGGUUCUCGCAGCUGCUGGUACUGGUCAUCAAGCCCUUCAGCUUUGUGCUCAUCCUAGGCGGCCUCAUCUUGGCCUACCGCAUGGGGGUCUUCAUCCUGGCAGGUGUCCGGCUACCCAUUGUACUGGUAGGCUUCACGGUGCCCCUCGUUGGCCUGUUGGUGGGCUACUGCCUAGCCACGUGCCUGAAGCUGCCAGUGGCCCAGAGACGGACUGUGAGCAUCGAGGUGGGGGUGCAGAACAGCUUGUUAGCCUUGGCCAUGCUGCAGCUGUCUCUCCGCAGCCUUCAAGCAGACUAUGCCUCCCAGGCCCCAUUCGUUGUGGCACUAACUGGGACCUCCGAGAUGCUGGCUUUGGUCGUCGGCCACUUCAUCUACAGAAGCCUGUUCGGGGUCUCAUGAAACCCCUGGGUCAAGCUUCCUUCACCUUGGCCUCUCGGGUCACCACUGCCGCUGCAAUUCCUGUAUACCAAAGGCCUUUCGUUCUCAUGCACUAUGCAUUCAAACAAAUUCAGGCUUAUUGGGUUUUUUUACUGUUAUUUUUUUUAUUCUC